ACCUGACUAGUUCUGGGAUACGUGGAACAAAUGAGAAGCGCCCUACAGCCACAAUACCAUUAUGUAACCUCGUGCCAAGGUACAAGGGCUCUUCUUCCGAGUUGAAUAGUACUUCCUUUUUCGGCGACCAUCCGCAUCCUUCCCUUCCGCCUCGCUUGCCUUUAUCAUAUUUGCCUGACAGAGGCGAGUAAAGGGUGUGUGGACAAAAGUGAUGGCAAGGAUCUUUUCCUUUCCCUGGGCGCUUCGUGCUCUUUUGCUCGCUCUCUGUGCUCGGGUCAGUUUAGCAUGUACGCUCUACACCCCAAGUACGUCGCAGGGGAUUACAGAUGAAGUCCAGUUCCAAACCUCCUGGACGGCGUGCACCCCUCCCGUUACGAUCCAAUUUUGGGAUAAAGAUACCAACACAUUGUUGACGAGUUAUAGUGGUUCAGCGUCAACGGUCUACUUCACCAUCCAUAAUGGUGCAGGUGUAACGGUGUACUUUGUCUUGAUAGACUCUGCAGGGUUGAAAGCGACAAGUAUCUCAUACGUAGUCAAGCCUAAUCUAAGUCUGAGUUCAACUUCAUCGCCAACUUUUCCCCCGGUUAGCCUAUUUUUUUUUGGCCAAUAGCUUGGGUGAAACCUUGUUGACGUUAUCGGUCAUUCUCUCAUUAGAGUACCCG